AUGGAUGUAAUGAGGCCCUUAAUAAAUGAGCAGAAUUUUGAUGGGACAUCAGAUGAAGAGCAUGAGCAAGAGCUGCUGCCCGUUCAGAAGCACUACCAGCUGGAUGGCCACGAGGGCAUUUCAUUUGUGCAAACUCUUAUGCAUCUUCUUAAAGGAAAUAUUGGAACUGGACUUUUGGGGCUUCCACUGGCCAUAAAAAAUGCAGGCAUAGUGCUUGGACCAAUCAGCCUUGUGUUUAUAGGAAUUAUUUCUGUUCACUGUAUGCACAUUUUGGUACGGUGCAGUCACUUUCUGUGUCAGAGGUUUAAAAAGUCAACAUUAGGUUAUAGUGACACUGUGAGUUUUGCUAUGGAAGUAAGUCCUUGGAGUUGUCUUCAGAAGCAGGCAGCAUGGGGACGGAGUGUGGUUGACUUUUUCCUGGUGAUAACCCAGCUGGGGUUCUGUAGUGUAUAUAUUGUCUUCUUAGCUGAAAAUGUAAAACAAGUUCAUGAAGGAUUCCUGGAGAGUAAGGUGUUUCUUCUGAAUAGUACCAAUUCACCAAAUCCAUGUGAGAGAAGAAGUAUUGACCUAAGGAUAUAUAUGCUUUGCUUUCUUCCAUUUAUAAUUCUUUUGGUCUUCAUUCGUGAGCUAAAGAAUCUAUUUGUGCUUUCAUUCCUCGCCAACCUUUCCAUGGCUGUCAGUCUUGUGAUAAUUUAUCAGUAUGUUGUUAGGAAUAUGCCAAAUCCCCACAAUCUUCCAAUAGUGGCUGGUUGGAAAAAAUACCCACUUUUUUUUGGUACUGCUGUGUUUGCUUUUGAAGGCAUAGGAGUGGUCCUUCCACUGGAAAAUCAAAUGAAAGAAUCAAAACGCUUCCCCCAAGCAUUGAAUAUUGGCAUGGGAAUUGUUACAAUUUUGUACGUAACAUUAGCUACCUUGGGCUACAUGUGUUUCCGUGAUGAAAUUAAAGGCAGCAUAACUUUAAAUCUUCCCCAGGAUGUGUGGUUAUAUCAAUCAGUGAAAAUUCUGUAUUCCUUUGGCAUCUUUGUGACAUAUUCAAUUCAGUUCUAUGUUCCGGCAGAGAUCAUCAUCCCUGUGAUCACAUCCAAAUUUCAUGCUAAAUGGAAACAAAUCUGUGAAUUUGCAGUAAGGUCCCUCUUGGUUAGUAUUACAUGUGCUGGAGCAAUUCUGAUUCCUCGUUUAGACAUUGUGAUUUCCUUCGUUGGAGCUGUGAGCAGCAGCACAUUGGCCCUGAUCCUUCCACCUUUCGUUGAAAUUCUUACAUUUUCUAAGGAGCACUACAAUAUAUGGAUGAUCCUGAAAAAUAUUUCUAUAGCGUUCACUGGUGUUGUUGGUUUCUUCUUAGGUACGUAUGUAACUGUGGAAGAAAUUAUUUAUCCUACUCCCACAGUUAGAGCUGGCGCUCCGCAAAGUCCUUCUCUGAAUUUGAAUUCCACAUGCUUUACGUCUGGGUUGAAAUAGUGGAAGCAGAACUAUGAGUCUUCUCCCUUUGUCUCAGUUCUGGAACUGAUUAAAGUAAGAGCUGGUAGAACCCAUUGCCAUACACCUAAAAAUAGAACCAAACUCUCUUUUCUUUUGGCACAAUAAUGACAUUUUGGCAUUGAACUGUAAUUCUUUACCAAUAGUGGUAAACUAUGACAGAUUCUUGGUUUUGAGUAUUAGUACGAAUUUCAAAAAUUUUUAGUUUUGAAAAUUUUAUGAAUUAAAAUAUAGAAGAAUCAAAGAAUAAAAGACUUCCACUAUUCUUCAUUCAAUCAGAAAUACUCUGACCAAGAUUCUCUUUUACACUCAUGCUCCUCUUCCCCACCCAGCUGAGGAGAGAACAAAGUUCCAAUAACAAGAGAUUCAGAGAAGGACAUAGUUAACAAAAAUCUUCAGACCAUCUCGGUGAAUGUCAAAGUGUACUUUGUGUAUAGUGUAAAAAUAUCUCAAUUGUGUUUUUAUUAGAGAGCCAAAUAUUUACAGUUCAUCCCUGCAAGGAUAGAAAACUCUAAUGUAUUAAAGCAUCAGAAAUCCCUAAACCAGAAUUGUUCUGCACUGUUUCUGAUGGUAGUUGAUCUGCAUAAUGAAAAUUAUGAGGUGCUGUGUGAAAUCCUGUUUCAGUGUCUCAGUAAAAUUGGAAAGAGACUUUCAGUGUUAUCCAACACAAUUCCCUUGAUGUCCAGAAACAUUAAGUAACUUGGUCAAGACCACUCAGCUUUGAGGGCAAGCCAAGAGAACCUGAUGUCCAGAAACGUUAAGUAACUUGGUCAAGAACACUCAGCUUUGAGGUCAAGCAAGAGAACCUGAUCUUUUGACCCCAGGAUUUCUUAUUUUUCACAUUACAUCCAAGAAAAUCAAAUUAUAUUCAGUUUAGCUUUUAGUGUCGCAUCUACAUAAUUAUAUUUUAAAGCUCAGAAAGCCAGUGAUCUUUCAGUAGUAUAUGUGACCUGAGCAUAAAAUCAGAGAACUCUAAAAAGCAUGCAUUACAGGUACAUAAACUUCAACAAGAGAAAGAAGGUGUUUGUUUGUUUGUUUUAAAAACUAGAAAGCACGUCUGCUUUACUUGCUGGUUAGUAGAAGGUGCCCAACCAUUCUGUCUGUGGCUUGAACUUCUCAUUUCUUCUCUUUUUAAAAGGGUUUGUAGGUACCAUUUUUCUUAAUGGCAGAAAAUGGGUCUCUGACAAAAUACAGGAUUUGUGUAUUCCAGCCCAGUGGCUUUCCUGUUUAUAGCCUUAUAUUGAUCUGAAUGGGCAGAAUAAAGAAAAAAAGAAAUUUAUGCUGAGGAAAAAUCAAGGCAACAAUAGACUCUCUACUAAAUAUUGAGACACUCCAGGUUUCUUCCAGAGAAAUACCUUCUAUUACUUCAUAUUCGUCAAGCCCAGUAAUUAACUGAAACAAGUUCAGUUGACGUGGAAAAUGGAAACUUUUAAGUUUAACACAUUAGGAAUCUUGAUGUAUUUUUUUUUUAAUUCAGACUUCAAAGCAUUUUUAAUCAGGCUGGUAAUCUGUAAUACUACAAGAUAUCAUCAAGAUCACAAUAGUAUAUGUAUUCUGUGUUUUUAUGUGUGAAUGUGAACUUAGUUCAAGUAUGUUUUUUUGCCUUACGUCAUUAAUGAGUCGUCAAAUACAGUCCUAACAAAGUA